AUGGGGAAGAAGCUUGACGCUUUGCUUGGUCGGAGUUUCAAAACCAACAAGUUCAAGUCUCUCCUCAACUUAGCUCUCACGAGGCUCUCUAUUCUCAAGAACCAGCGUCAAGUUAGAUGCUCUCAAGCCACCUCUGACGUCACCGAGCUUCUUAAGCUUGGCCACCACGAGAACGCUUACCACAGAGUCGACCAAGUCAUAAAAGAUCAAAACACCCUCGACGUUCUCUUCUUCAUCCACGGCUACUUCACUCUUUUGCUCGACAGUAUUCACCUCUUCGAACACAACAGAGAUUGCCCUCAAGAGCUUCUAGAAGCUGUCUCCAGCUUGCUCUUCGCUUCUUCUAGAAUCGGAGAGUUUCCUGAGCUUCAAGAGAUUCGCAACGUUUUGAUUUCGCGUUUUGGCAAAGAUCUCGCGGCUCGGUCUAUUGAGUUACGCAGUAAUAGUGGUGUUAAUCCCAAAAUAAUUCAGAAGUUGUCGACAAGACAUCCACCGAGAGAAGUUAGAAUGAAGGUCUUGAAGGAGAUUGCUGCAGAGAAUAACAUUGUUCUGAAACUAGAAGCUGCUUCUACUUCCACCGAGGUAAAAUCAGAAGAUGUUUCUAAUGCUAAGCUAACAAGUGAAGAGGGAAAAGAUGAGAUAAUAGAAGAUUAUGAGUUAUCAGAUUCGGUUAAGAGAGGAAAGAAGAAGUACAAAGACGUGGCUGAUGCUGCACAAGCAGCGUUUGAGUCAGCAGCUCAUGCAGCAGAGGCUGCACGAGCUGCUGUGGAGCUUUAUCAGUUUUCUCCCCGUGGAGGGGACAGUCAGGGUAAUACUGGCGGAGGGAAUUUAUCCAGUGGUUCCGAGAACAAGAAAUCAGAUCAAAAACAAGAAGGUAAUGAUGAAGAUUUGUCAGAUGGUGAAGUAGAUGCGAGGUCAGAAUCUAAGAGGUCUAUGUCGGAUUCUGAAGAAAUUAUUGAGGAUGUCCCAGUGAUGUCAUUUAGAGAAGACCCUGUGAAGCUGUUGGAGAAGGAUGUUGUUAUAUACGAUAGUGAUGAAGAAACUCCAUAUGGUGUCAAGACUAAUGAUACCACUAAGAUUGAAGAUGAGCAACAUGUUAUGCAUGGUUCGCAUAGAGCGGAUACAGGACAUGUGGACGACAUGGUUCGUUCUGUUGAAGAUCCUAUUAUGCGUAAAGUGGGUUUAAAGGGUCCGAUUUCAGUCAGGACCAGACAGGUUCGUGGAUACUAA